GUUGUUAUUUAAUAUUUAUCAACUGAACUUACUAUCAAAUUCCUUAUAAGAAAUCGGAACUAUGAGUUUUAUAAAUAGAAGUGUAAUAUAAGAAUUUUAUAAAAAAAUGUGUACGAUACCACCUGCACCACCACCACCUCCGCCGCCUCUUCCAGCCAGCUCGAACUCACCUCCAAAACUUUCAGAUUUUUCACCUACUUUUAGCUAUUCUGAUAUUUGUGAAUGGGCAGCCUAUGAACCCCAGCUAUGGGAAGUUUGUGCUAAAAAUGAUAUAUGUUUACAUGAAGCUCCAUUUCAGUACAAAUAUAAAAACUUUGAGUCAAUUAUGCAAAUAGGACCAACGUGCGGAUUAGUUGCUUUAUCCAUGUUAUUAAAUGGAGAGGUCACACCUGAGGAGCUGCUAAAUAUUACCAAAAUGAAAGGUUACAGUAAUAACGGAGAAAUGUUCAGUUGUAAAGAUAUGGCUAAGUUAGCAGAACAGGCCAUUAGCUUGGCAGAAAUUGCGAACCUAAACUGUUAUGUAAAGAGUAGUGGUAUCUUUUGUGAAGAAAUAAUACUUGAGUUAAUAAAUGGUGCUACUUUACUGGUUGCUUAUGACGCUGAUUGUAAUCAUUCACCAUGCUUACGUCAUGGUCAUACAGCCCACUGGGCUCUCGUCUGUGGGAUAGUUAUAGUCAAAGAUCCUGGCAACAGCUACACCGCCGACCCAAGUAAUGUCUAUGUUCUUUGUAGACAUGGAAAGUCAAGAUAUUUAUCUGCUUGGACUCUGGAUGCAUUGGAUAAGAGUAAUAAUAAUUUAUGGGAAUUUUCACCCAAAAAGCAGGAAGAUGGCAUAUCAUAUGUGCUUCCUGAAGGAGGAAUUGGGGGGGAAAAUGGAUUAAGAGGCAAGUUUCUAUUGUUUAAAGGUUUGUAAGUAUAAGGGAAAUUUUAUAAAAAUAUACACUUUUUAUGGUA